UCCAACACCUAGAGUGACAAAAAGCUCCAAAACCUCUGCAUUUUUAAUUCAAUCCCUUCAAAUCCGCCCCCAACUCGGCUCGCCCUCACCGAUCCCGCCGACGCUCUCUCCGUCGCCGAUCUCCGACACCGGAAAUGGAGAGCGGAAGCGUUCUGGAAACUAUCGGUCAAGAGAUCAUCGGCGUGAUGGCGCCGGUCUCCGUAUGCAUGCUCCUCGUCGUCCUCCUCGUCUAUACGGUCUACAAUCCCUCCUCCGCCGCCGCCUCCGCCACCACCAUCCGCACCGCCGCCAAUUUGGUCUACAUGGAGUCCCCCACCGAUUCCACCGUGCAGAAGCUCGAGGGGGCAAUCCUCAACGCCGUCGUCUUCGUCGUCAUCAUAACCCUAGUUACCUUCCUCCUAGUCCUCCUCUACUACUACCGCUUUAACAAUUUCCUCAUCUACUACACCCGCUUCUCCGUCUUCAUGAUCUUCUCCGCUAUGGGCAGCUCCAUCCUCAUCUCCAUCGUCCAGAGAUUCAACAUCCCCAUCGAUGCCGCUACAUUCUACAUUCUGUUGUUCAAUUUCACCAUAUUGGGCACGAUUUCCGUCUUCUCCGAUGGGAUUCCUAUCAUUGUGAAGCAAAGCACUAUGGUGGUGUUGGGGAUUAUUGUGGCGGCGUGGUUUUCGCGGCUGCCUGAGUGGACGACGUGGAUUGUGCUGGUGGCGCUGGCAUUGUACGAUUUGGCCGCCGUCUUGGCUCCAGGCGGGCCGCUGAAGCUAUUGGUAGAGCUUGCAUCUACCCGGGAUGAGGAAUUGCCGGCUUUGGUAUACGAGUGUAGGCCAAAUGUAGGGAGGAAUUCUGGAGCUAGAGUUUCGAAUUCGGGGUUUUUCGUAGCAGCAGGGGUUGGUAUGAGUAGUGAUAGCCAUAAUGGCUCAGUAGAGUUACAAGAUUUAUUGAGGAAUGGGGAUAGGGGCACUGCAAUGGAGAUUCUACAAGGAGAGGAUUUGGUCAUUCCCAUUGAUGAAGAUGAUAGGACUAGUGGGGGUGAGAUUGAGGAAGUGAGAGAAGAAGCAGGGGAGAUGGUACCGUUGAUGGGAGAUGGCGAUUCAAUUGAAAGGGGUAGUGGUAAUUCUGGUCGAGUGGACAACAGUAGGUUGUCGCGAAGAAGUGAGAGAGAAGGGAUUGAAAUGGAGGACUUCAAUCCGAGGGGGAUAAAGCUUGGCAUGGGGGAUUUCAUCUUCUACAGCGUGCUUGUGGGAAGGGCUGCAAUGUAUGAUCUGAUGACGGUGUAUGCUUGUUAUCUCGCAAUCAUAUCAGGACUUGGAUGCACGCUCAUAUUGCUGGCUGUCUGUCGUCAAGCAUUGCCAGCACUUCCUAUUUCGAUUACUUUGGGUGUCAUCUUUUACUUCUUGACCAGACUUUUCAUGGAGCCAUUUGUUGUUGGGGCUUCUACUAAUUUGAUGAUGUUCUGAUACUGUGAGCUACAACACUUUGCUGAUUCUAGGGGCAUGAGUAGCUUUUAUGAAUUCAAUGCCUUUCACAGGGUGCUUCUGCCCCAAUAGUUCUUGCAAUUACAGGUCUGAUCCAUUCAUUGAUUCUGAAAAUCUUUGUUGAUAGCUUAAUGAUGUAUGUCUUGAAAAUGUAAUCAGAUACUAGAUCAGUGAAUAUAGGUCAUUGCUUACCAGCAUAAUUUUGUCUCUGUUAUUUACUUAAA